AUGGAGGCAGGCUCGGUGGUCCGGGCUGUGUUUGACUUCUGUCCCAGUGUCUCCGAGGAACUGCCGCUGUUUGUGGGGGAUGUCACAGAAGUGCUGGCAGUUAUAGAUGAGUUCUGGCUCUUUGGGAAGAAGGAAGGGGUCACAGGGCAGUUUCCCAGCAGUUUUGUGGAGCCCGUGGAUGUCCCUGUGUUGAAGCAAGGGGAGAAGCUGUUUGUUUGUACCAGCAACUUCACAUCGCAGGAGCCUGGCAGCCUGACUUUGCAGAGAGGAGAUCUGGUGGUCCUGGAUGAUUCUGCGGCUUCUCCUUGGCUCCAAGGCCGAAAUUAUUGGGGAGCCAGAGGCUUCUUCCCAUCCUCAUGUGUGCGGGAACUCUGCCUCUCAGCCUAUGGUCCUCGAUCUCCUUAUGGUACUAUCCUGGAGAUUCCACCCUAUGCUUUGGGUCAGGCUCGAGCAGUGAUGGGCCUUUCAGCCCAGCUGGAGGAGGAGCUGGACUUUCGGGAAGGGGAUGUCAUCACCAUUGUUGGGAUCCCUGAGCCUGGAUGGUUUGAAGGGGAGCUGAGGGGUCGCCGAGGCAUCUUCCCUGAGGGAUUUGUAGAGCUUUUGGGUCCCCUGAAACCCGCAAGCAAUGUAGAUGAGCCCGUAGCAUCUGAAAUCCACAGGAUUAAUGGAGUCAAAGAAAUGCACCCCCAGGCAGAAGAGAAGUCCUGGAGUGAUGGUGAGGAGCUGCCAGGGCCCUAUGGGGUUGCCCUUUAUCAGUUCCAAGCCCUUGAACCUGCAGAGCUGAACUUUGAGGUGGGAGACAGGAUUCGGAUACUGGGGGUCCUGGAAGAUGGCUGGCUGGAAGGGGAGCUUCGGGGAAGGUGUGGCAUAUUCCCCCAUAGGUUUGUGAGGUUAGAAGAGGGCAUCAAACUGCCUAGGGAAAAAUGGGAAUCUGGGGGUACUCCAAAGGGGUUGGGCUCCGAGGCAGAAAGCGCCCACAGAGCAGGGGCACCUGCUGAGUGGGAAGAGCCUGGAUGGAGUUCCGUCUGUCCUGAAGAGAAGCCUCCUCACCUUACAGUGGGACAAGAGGACCUUUUUGACUCUGAUCUCAAACAGAAUGAACUCCUGAACCACCAGAACAAAGGCUGCCUGGAACCCUUUUCCUCAGAUGUGUCGGGCCUUCCCUCAUUAGACACUGCCAAAGCUGUCAAUGGAGUUUCUUCCAUCUCUCAGUCUUCACAUCAACCAAAGCGCCAACCCUGCUGUCUGGUGGGGAGCCCAGAAUCAAGUCAGAGCCCAAGGACAUCUUGGGGGCACUCAGAGGUCCGCAGCCUUUCUGAGUGGGAUGGAGAUGCUCACCACGUACCCCACAAGAACAUUCUUCCUGAGGACUUAGCCAACUGUGCAGAUGUUCAGAGGCGAAAGCCCAAAUCCCGUUCUUCUAGCUUUAGUGGAACCCAUGAAGGCCUGGACACUUGGCCUGUCUGGCGUGGCACUCGAGCCGAGCGGCCUCAAGGGGUGCUCCAUGGGGAGAGUUGUGGGGACCUUGAUUCCAAACUGACGGAGCAACUGGCUCAGUUUGAACAAAGCCUGGCAAGUCCUAAUAGUCAUGGCACCCCCCAGCGAGAUGUCUCUCGGCACUUUUCCAUCCUAGACUUCAACUCUGAGAAGGACAUUGUCCGUGGCUCGGUGGAACACGCUGCGCAGAGGAGAAAGGUGCUGCGGCCACCCCCUCCCCGGCCUAGCACCCCAGCCUCUGUCCCACUUUACUCUCCUGCUGGGCACAGUCCCAGAACUUCACCACCCUCUCAAGCUCUGCCCAUCUCUGUGCGGCCUUCCAGGCCAGCACCACUCCCACCUCCAAGCAGUCAGCGAAGGAGCCCAGUUCCAGCAAAGCUACAGCCGGUGGCCAAAGAGGGGCAAGGCAGCACGGAUGAGCCUGGAGGUGCUCCUCAGUGUCCUUCCCUGCUGAGCCACAUCCAGGAACUGGAGCAAGAGCUGGAGGUUUAUGGGAAGACCCAAGCAGAACUCAGUGCAAUGUUGGAACAACCGCAGGAUGAGCUGGGUCAGGCCGAGACCCUGGAAAACCUGGACUUCUGUCACUCCAAAAUGGCAAGUCUGCACCAGGAGCUCCAGGAGCUGAGAGAAAUGACCCUGCUUUCCUCCCAGCCAACAUCACUGGAGGCUGCAGCAACAACAGCCUCCACUCCCAACCCGGAAAAAAGGAUGCUGGAGAAGAGAGCAAAGGUCAUUGAAGAGCUCCUGCAGACUGAGAGGGAUUAUAUCCGAGACCUCGAGAUGUGUGUGCAGAAGGUGCAGAUGCCACUGCAGGAGGCACAGGUGCCGCACGUAGAUUGUGAGGGGCUGUUUGGAAACAUUCAAGGAGUAAUUGCCUUCUCAAAGCAGUUGCUAAGUGCCCUGGAAGCGGCAGAUGCUGUUGGACCAGUAUUCCUAGCGCUUCGGGCCGAGCUGGAGGAUGUGUACAAAGUGCACUGUCAGAACCAUGAUGAGGCCAUUGCGCUCCUGGAAGCCUAUGAAAAGGAUGAGCGGGUGCAGAAACAUUUGCUGGAAUCACUGGAGAGCCUCAGGAGUCUGUACAGUGCAUGGGGUUGCACCAACUACAUUGACCUGGGCUCCUUCCUGAUCAAGCCAGUGCAGCGUGUGAUGCGCUACCCGCUGCUGCUGAUGGAGCUCCUGAACGCGACUCCCGAGUCUCAUCCUGAUCGUGCUCCAUUGGCAGCUGCUGUCCUGGCUGUCAAGGAGAUCAAUUGUAACAUCAAUGAGUACAAGCGGCGCAAAGACCUAGUGAUGAAGUACCGGAAAACGGAUGACGACAGCCUCAUCGAGAAGAUCUCCAAGCUGAACUUCCACUCCAUCAUCAAGAAAUCCAACCGGGUCAGCAGCCACCUCAAGCACCUCACAGGUUUUGCACCCCAGCUCAAGGAUGAGGCUUUCGAGGAGACGGAAAAGAAUUUCCGGAUGCAGGAACGGCUGAUCAAAUCUUUCAUCCGGGACCUCUCCCUUUACCUUCAGCAUGUCCGGGAGUCAGCUUGCGUGAAAGUGACAGCAGCCGUGAGUAUGUGGGACCUGUGCAUGGAGAAGAGCAGUGCAGAGUUGGAACAGUUCCAGAAGGUCCAUCGCUUCAUCAGUGACCAGCUCUUCUCUGAUUUUAAGGAGCGCACGGAGCGGCUGGUGAUCACCCCUCUGAACCAGCUGCUGAACAUGUUUGCUGGGCCUCACAAGUUGGUGCAGAAACGUUUCGACAAGCUCCUGGACUUCCACACUUGCACGGAGCGUGCCGAGAGGCUUAAGGACAAGCGGACCUUGGAAGAGCUGCAGUCGGCACGCAACAAUUAUGAGGCCCUGAACACUCAGCUGCUGGAUGAGCUGCCCAAAUUCCAGUGCUGCGCUAAAGAGCUCUUCACCAGUUGUCUGCGGGGCUACGCUGAGGCCCACUGUGACUUCGUGCACCUGGCACUGCAGGAACUACAACCUUUGCUCUCACUGCUGCAAGUUGUUGGCAGAGAGGGGAACCUGGUUGCCAUCUUCCAGGAAGAGCACAGCCGGGUCCUCCAGCAGCUGCAGGUCUUCACCUUCUUCCCGGAGACCAUCUCUCCUGCCAGGAAACCUUUUGAGAGGAAAAGUCUGGAGCGCCAGUCAGCACGCAGGCAGCCACUCCUGGGCAUGCCCAGCUACAUGCUGCAGUCGGAGGAUCUACGCACAGCCUUGUUGGCUCGGUACCCUCCUGACAAGCUCUUCCAGGCAGAGCGCAACUUCAACGCAGCUCAAGAGUUGGAUGUGUCGCUCUUGGAAGGUGACCUGGUGGGUGUCAUCAAGAAGAAGGACCCCAUGGGCAGUCAGAACCGCUGGCUCAUUGACAAUGGAGUGACCAAAGGCUUUGUGUACAGCUCCUUCCUGAAGCCUUACAACCCACGAUGCAGCCACUCAGAUGCCUCUGUAGGCAGCUAUUCCUCCAGUGAAUCUGAGCACAGCGGUUCCUCGUCGCGGGGUAGCAGUGCCCCGAGUAGCAUACUGAGCAAUGCAUCGGUGAACAUCACUCAAAAGCCUACGCAAGACUCUGGUUCCCAAGGCGAUCUGAGCAGUGCUCUUCAAGCCCUUUCCGAGGUGGAUGCCGUCUGUUCUCAAAUGGACCCUGCUGUAGAAUCUGCUCAGCCACCUCGUGUUGUUCCAGCAUCUCGCCGAUACAGUAGCCCUGACUCCCGCAAUGGACACACAGCACGGGCCAAGGCUAGGGCAAUGCCUUCACUGGAGGACGGCCACUCGAGGAUGAAGAACAGCGAGUCCAAGGGAAACCAGGUCUACUAUGCGGUUUAUACUUUUAAGGGUCGGAAUUCAAAUGAACUGAGCAUAACAGCCAACCAAAGACUAAAGAUCCUACAGUUUGAAGACAUCACUGGCAAUCAGGAGUGGUGGUUGGCAGAGGCACAUGGGAGGCGGGGCUAUGUGCCAUCCAGUUACAUUCGGAAGACUGAGUACACGUGAGAUGUGAUCUGGCUGAGUCAGAAACUGAUGCCUUAAAUCAUUGUUGGAAGCAGACAGAAGACCAAAGCAGGGAGUCUUGCUCAAUGCUCUCUUUUCCUUAGUGGUCCAUAUUGAAUUCAUUUGGUUGAAAGUCAGACCAGAUUUCCAGUGAAGUUGAAUGAGGUGUUCCCAUGGGAGUCUACUGUUAACUCCUAUGAAUCAGAACCUUGUUGCCUAGCUGGGCAAGGGGGAGCAGUCAGCAGUGCUGUGUGAUGUUCAUCCUGCCCCCUUGAAAUAGGCAUUUAGAGAGCAAUCCUAAGCAGGUCUGCUCAGAAUUCUACUAUGCUCUCUUCAGUGGAACUUACUCCCAGGGAAGUGUUCGUCGGAUUGUGCUGUUGGUCUGUUUGACUAACGAGGUUGCAAACUAGCAAGAGAUGAUGCAGCUGGAGGGAUCGUGCUUAUUCUUCCAUUCUGGGUCUAAGUCAGUUUCCUUAUAGCCAGUGACAUGUCGGUGCACAUGCAGAAGUGCUGGCUACUAGCCAACGAAAAGGAGGUCUCCUGAGGGCCACCCUGCAAGACUCCCUUGGCUGUAAUGUUACUGGGUGCUGACUACUGUGGGGGCAGUUAAGGCUCCUUUGCUGAAGUUCAGGUGGGUCUAGUGCUCACUUUGGAUGCUCCAGUCUGUGUGUAAGGGUAGAUACUGGGCCUGGUUUGUCCCUUGGGGACCAGUCAUGGAGGAUUCCUGCUCCAAUGUAAGAGCACCAUGCAAGAGAUGCAGUUUCCCUCCUGAGUGCGACUCCUGAGCUGCUGUUUUGUAAAUAAAGUUUCUC